AUGACUAAUCUGGACCUCCUUCUCCUCAAAGGGCCUCCGUCUGGCGACCUCGCAGGAGGCCUCAAUGACCUGCGCUUCACCAUUCUGACCAAGGGCAUGCCAGCAAACGGCGAUGGCAUGUCCGACUUGCGCAUAUACAUCUGGCUCAUCCUUCUGAAUGCGCCGCCUGUCCGCACCGACGUCUACCUCGACCUCGUCCGACAAGGCGCAUCACCCGCAUACACCAAGAUCCGCAACGACACGUUUCGCACACUUGCGACCGACCCUCUCUUUCGACGCCGCGUCACCGAAAACAGCCUGACGCGCGUGCUCAAUGCUGUGGCGUGGAAGUUGAACGACGCGCACGAGGCACGCGUCAACGGAUGGCAGUCCCCGCCUACGCUGUCCGACUUCGGGGGCAGCCCUGAAACCACCUUCAAUUCGCGACAGUCGUUUACAACCGGCACAAGGACAGAAGUGUCAAACUCGGAUGCGGAGCAAGUGGGCUACGUGCAGGGCAUGAACGUCCUGGCAGCGCCGUUCCUGUAUGCGGCCCGUAGCGAAGUCGAAGCAUUCGUCGCGUUCGAGAAACUUAUAACGCAGGAGUGCCCUGCUUACGUACGCGGUCCCAUGGAUGGUGUCCACAAAGGCCUCAGGCUCGUAGACACGGUUCUGGAGAUUGUAGACCCAAAAUUGUACUCGCAUCUCAUGAGCAAGGGUAUGCACGCCGAGCUGUACGCUUUUGCCUCUGUUCUCACCAUGUCCGCGUGCACGCCACCGCUACCAGAAGUUUUGCAACUCUGGGAUUUCCUCUUCGCAUACGGCCCGCAUCUCAACAUCCUCUGCAUAGUAGCGCAGCUAAUCCUGAUAAGAGACCAGAUCCUGGGCAGUCCGAGUCCAAACCAGAUUCUCCGCUCUUUCCCUCCGCUGCAAGCGGCAAAGGUCAUUCAGGUCGCGACAUCGUUUGCCGCCAAGAUUCCGCCAGAUAUCUAUGAGCAGAUCAUCAAUCACGCGAAAUGA